AUGACAGCAACAGCACCAACACCGCCGCUUCACAUCCAUCUCAGCGGCACGCCCCAGGAGAUCGGUCGACAACAUGGCACGCUCCUGGCCACGCAAAUCCGACGACAAAUCGUCGUGUACGAAGCCAUGUUCCAGCGCACGUCGAAGCUGGACUGGCCGGCCGUGCGCACCGUGGCCGAGACGUACCAGGCCACGCUGCAGCGUCUGACCCCCGAUCUGUACGCCGAGAUGGAGGGUAUCGCCAACGGUGCCGGUCUGGACCUGCGCGACAUCGUCGCCCUCAACUGCCGCAGCGAGAUUGCCCUGGGUCUGUUCUCCGACGGUUGUUCGAGUCUGGGUUGGGACUGUAACCGCUACGACAAGGGCGUCAUUCUCGCCCAGAAUUGGGACUGGACUGCUCGGGUCAAGGAGAACUGUGUCAUCAUGACCAUUGAACAGGUGGGGAAGCCGAAGAUAUGGAUGGGGAACGAGGCCGGCCUGGUAGGCAAAAUCGGCUUCAACUCGGCCUCAGUGGGCGUGUGCAUGAACGCGAUCCGCGCAAAGCCCACCGACAGCAGCAAACUGCCCUUCCACGUGGCGGUACGGCUGUGCCUGAACGCCACUUCGGCCGCCGCCGCCAUCGCCCAGCUCCAGGCUCUCGGCGGCAUUGCGUCCACCCAACACAUCCUGAUCGCCGACCCCACCGGGCCUGUGAGUAUGGAGCUGUCGCCGCUGGGAAAUGUGUAUAUCCGGCCCAAGGGCAACACGGGAAAGGACAAUACUGGAAACGACAACACCACAAAGGACGACACCGGGAAAGACGACACCGGAAAAGAAGACGACGACGAAGACGACUUCGGCAUCGUAUGCCAUACCAACCAUCUCAUCUCGAACCGCUUCGUCACCGAAUAUCCCUGGCUGACCGGGUCGCCGGUGCGGCUCGCCCGGAUGAGAAUGUUGAGCGCCAAGCUAGCCCACGACGUGCUCAAGGCCGGACCCAAACACGAAGUCACCGGCGACAUGUUGAGGCGUGAAGUCUUCUCCGACACCUUCAAUGCCCCGCAGGCCAUUUGCUGUCAAGAGGAUCCUGCUCGGCCCGUCGAGACCCGGAGCAGUACGCUCUUCUGCUUCAUCAUGAGGUUGAGGCCGGGCCGGAAGCCCGAGGCCGAAGUGGUUUGGGGGAGACCGGGGAGUGGUGAGGAAGGUCCGGUGAUUAAUUUGGGCUGA